ACUUGACAGCAUUGCUCAUGGCAGCUCCUUUGGCCCUUGGUGAUGUUGAAAUUGAGAUUAUCGAUAAACUGAUUACUAUUCCCUACGUUGAUAUGACUUUGAAACUGAUGGAGCGCUUUAGAGUCCAUGUGGAGCACAGUGGUAACUGGGAUAGGUUCUUGGUCCACGGAGGUCAAAAGUACAAGUCUCCUGGGAAUGCUUUUGUUGAAGGCGAUGCUUCUAGUGCCAGCUACUUCCUCGCAGGUGCAGCUGUUACCGGUAGGACUAUCACAGUUGUAGGCUGCGGCACAAGUAGUUUACAGAAUCAUCCUGCUGUUGUUGUGCCUAGGCUUCCUGCUGGUUUGAAUUUGCCUAGCCCAGUCAGGAGAUGUCAAGAUUAACUUUCAAUGUGGAGCUUGAUGCUGCUAACGCAACUUAGUUAUCUAUUAAUAUUUUAGAUUAUUCUAUCUUUAAGUGCUAAGUGUAAUUUGUGACAUUCAUGUAACAUUGGGAUGGUCAUCUUAUUUUUUUUUUGGUAUUUUUUUAUUAAGACAAUGAGAUAUUGGCCAAUGAUGUUGAAAAAUAACAUCCAAUUUUAUAGGUAUCAUGUAAUGAAUAUUAUGUUUAUUUAUGUGAUUUUUGGCUUUCUUUUUUCAA